AUGAUCACGACCCGCCUCCGUCCUGCACACCCCCUUCUCCACUGCAACCCUGCAAUUCAAAUCAUCACACGCUGCAGUGUGAGCCGCCUCCAGCGCUCGUCGCCAAACUAUGCGGGCCACGUGCCUUUAGGAGGACUCGAGAAGGCUGGACUCGCUGUCGGCGCUGCCAUUGUCUCCCUAUUGCAGCCGCGACGCGCUGAUCUUGUGGCAGCGCUCGGUGAAACGACAGCGACGCCAUUCUUCAUCACUCGCCUUCGCAAUGUUAUGCUAUCCUCGCCCACGGGCCGCCGUAUUUUGCGCGAUCGACCGCGUAUAACUUCGACAAGUCUCGACCUUGCGCAACUGCGCGAUUUACCGCCAACCACCGUCGGCCACGCCUACGCCUCAUGGCUUGCCCGUGAAGGUGUGAGCCCUGACACACGUAGUCCCGUGUGCUUCAUUGACGAUGAAGAGUGUGCCUAUGUCAUGCAGCGCUACCGCGAGUCACACGAUUUCCUCCAUGCCCUCACAGGCUUGCCUGUAGUCGUCGAGGGCGAGCUCGCUCUCAAGGCUUUCGAAUUCGCCAACACCCUCUUGCCCAUGACUGGUCUCAGUUUAUUCGCUGUCACUCGCCUCUCAGGUCCGGAGCGCCGUCGUUUUUUCUCAAUAUAUCUACCGUGGGCACUCUAUAAUGGACUCCAGUGCAAGGAGCUCAUCAACGUUUACUGGGAGGAAGUCUUAGAACAGGACGCAACGGCACUACGGGCUGAGUUGGGCAUCGAGAUGCCCCUCGACUUACGUGAAUUACGUCGCAAGAGGAAGGCAAACAAAGGAUGA